AGCAGGAGACUUGGUUGGUCCAACACGCGAGUUUUGCAAACCAAUCAAUUCUUCACGAUUUGUUCUUUUUUUGGUUUAAAGGGCAAAAUCCAAAUCGUACAAUUUCUUCUUCUUCUUCUUCUCGCCUGUGAUUGAAUCCCGCCAGAUAACGGAGUCAUGUCUCAGACGGUUGUUCUCAAGGUAGCUAUGUCCUGUGAGGGAUGCGUCGGGGCAGUGAAAAGAGUUCUUGGCAAAAUGGAAGGUGUGGAGUCGUUCGAUAUCGAUCUGAAGGAGCAGAAGGUAACGGUGAAAGGCAAUGUGCAGCCCGAUGCAGUUCUGCAGACGGUGUCGAAGACGGGAAAGAAAACGACUUUCUGGGAAACCGAAGGCGGAUCAAGGGCUUAAGGAGAGGAUCAUCUUAUGAGUUAUGACCAUCCAUAAAAAGACCGAAUCGUAUGUACCUGAAUAAAUAUAUGACUCUGAAUUCUUCCCUUUUGUUUGAGCGAAAACAUGAACUCUGUGUCUGAAAAUUUCAGUUCAAGAAAUAAUGUAUCCAUCCAUCCCUUUUUGGUUGUAUGACUGAGUUUGUGUCU